GGCAGGGUGAGGUGUGUUUGUAAAGAAGGUUAUUAAUGCUGAAGCAGAUCAGCUGACUUUAACUUGCAAUGAUGGCUCUCUACAAGGCGAUCUGUGUGACGGCUCUGCUGACUCUGCUGACACAAGAGUCUGCUUCACAGCUGUCAGCCUGUGGAAAGGCAACAUUGAACACCAGGAUUGUUGGAGGACAGGAGGCUCCAGCAGGGAGCUGGCCCUGGCAGGUCAGUCUGCACACCUCGGCUCACUUCUGUGGAGGAUCUCUGAUUAACAAUCAGUGGGUUCUGACUGCUGCUCACUGCGUCCCAAAUGGCAACCCAAACGGUAUCACGGUGUAUUUGGGCCGCCAGAGUCAGCAGGGAACCAACCCAAAUGAAGUCAGUCGGAAAGUAUCGCAGAUCAUUGUUCAUCCUGACUACAACUCCGUCACUGACAACAACGAUAUCGCCUUGAUGAAGCUCUCCACAGCUGUAAUGUUCACCUCGUACAUCUCACCCGUCUGCCUGGCGGGCUCAGACAGCACCUUUUACAGCGGCGUCAACUCCUGGGUUACGGGCUGGGGCGACAUUAGAUCUAGUGUGCCUCUUCCUAAUCCUCAAAACCUGAUGGAAGUGGAGGUGCCGGUUGUGGGAAACAGACAGUGUAAAUGUAGCAAAUAUGGAGCGAGCAAAAUCACUGACAACAUGAUCUGUGCAGGAUUACUCAAAGGAGGAAAGGACUCCUGUCAGGGAGACUCAGGAGGUCCAAUGGUAAGCAAACAAAAUGGCCGCUGGAUUCAGUCAGGAGUUGUGAGUUUCGGCAUCGGUUGUGCUCAGCCUGAUUACCCAGGAGUCUAUACUAGGGUCUCAAAGUAUGAGAAGUGGAUCAACUCCCAGAUCAAUACCAACCAGCCGGGCUUCGUCACCUACACAUCUUCUGGACCAGACAGCGACCUCAGUGUUUCCUGCACUGACGUGCCACCUAUCCCAACCCCCACAACAGCGGUAUACUGUGGCCGUGCUCCACUAGGUUCUCGUAUUUUGGACGGUAGUUCUGUGGCGACAGCUGGCGAGUGGCCGUCGAUGGCAAGCGUGCAGAAGAAGGGGCAGCAUGUGUGUGGAGGAACACUAGUGUCCAUGCACUAUGUUCUGAGCAACGCUGACUGCUUCUCAGGCUCCCCUAAUGUCUCUGAGUGGACGGUUGUGUUGGGUCAACUGAAGCAGAAUGGAUCCAACAGGUUUGAGAUGUCUUUGAAUGUGUCGAAUAUCACCAUGAGCAACCUGACAGGGUCCAACAUCGCAUUGCUUGAGCUGUCCACCAAGCCCACCCUGAACAACUACAUCCAGCCCAUCUGCCUGGACAAUGAUAGAAAUUUCAUGGCAGGUUCUACAUGUUGGGCUACUGGCUGGAGCUCUGGAAGAGGAGGAGAAGAGGCAAUUCUGCAGGAGUUUCGAACAUUGGUGCAAACUUGUGAUAAUGUGUCCUCAAGUGAGAAGAUUUGUACGGAACAGUUUACACUGGAACAAGGUGACUCUGGCGGUCCGCUCAUGUGCAAACAGAACGGUGUUUGGUUCCAAGCAGCUGUGCUGUUAACCGUGAACACCUCCACCAGUCUAAAUCGAGCCAGUUCUGUGAUGGUCUUUGACAAAGUCAGUCGUUUUCAGGAGUUCCUGAGUCGGACGCUUGGGACCUUCUUAUCUCCAGAACCCACCGUUAACAGUACCACCGCCCCAUCCUCCAGUAGAAUCCAUCAGGUUCACUUCCCCCUCUUCUUCUGCCUCCAUCUCCUCGUCCUCGCCUUGUGUCUCCCACUCUUCUCAUAG